GGAUCUGUUAUUGGAAAUAUCGCCAAGGAUCUCGGACUGGAGGUCGGCAGACUGUCUGCUCGCAAAGCUCGUGUUGAAAUCGAGGGAAACGACAGGCAGUAUUGCGGGAUUAACCUUCGAAGUGGAGAUUUAAUCGUUGCGGAAAGAAUAGACAGAGAGGAGCACUGUGGAGAAAAGCUUUCGUGUGUUCUGAAAUUCGACUUGCUGUUAGAGAAUCCAUUAGAGUUACACCGGCUGUCUCUGCAGGUGCAGGACAUAAACGACAAUGCACCAAUUUUCCAGAAGGAUACUGUAAAGCUGGAAAUCACAGAGUCAGCUGCCAAAGGAGCUAGGUAUCGCAUCAAUGCAGCACACGAUGCAGAUAUAGGCAAGAACUCAGUUGAAAGCUACACUUUGCAAGAAAAUCCUCACUUUGUGUUCAGUAUUCAGACGACAAGUGCUGGCAGAAAAUAUGGUGAGCUGGUUUUAGAAAAAGAGUUAGACCGCGAAGAACAGCAGGAAAUGAAAUUAUCGCUCACAGCUGUAGAUGGUG